UGUCAUUUUUCAAACCCAUCCUGUGACAUGUCACAUGCCUGGUAGACAGAAGCGGAUUAGCAGCCUCGAUUGCCCGACCACCUGUGAGAGGCUGAUAACGGGUUUGGAUCCUCUCCGACGCUGAACCAUGCAGUCCCCAGAUGCUGAUUCCGAUAGUGAUGAUGAGACGGUACAGCUCACAUCAUUACGGAGCAUGUUGUCCAAGUACAUGCCAGGGUCCACUCGGGAUCUCCAGGGACACGGCGUCAGGAGAGUGUGCCUUCAGCUCUUUGGCAAGCAUGGCCAUGGAAAAUCCUCCCUCAUUAACUCAUGUCUGUGUGUGGUCCAGGACUGUCCAUUUAGCAAUGAGGUCGGAGCAGGAGGAUCUGGAAAACCCUUUACCAUGGCGAGGAAGGAGUACAAGCUGUCCGACACUGUAUACAUCGUUGAUAACCGUGGUCUAAGCAAGAUGAAUAUAGACGAGAACUUGGAGGUGGCGGCUCAGUUACGCUUAUCUGUCCAUAAAGAGGAGAUGUCUGCAGGUACUGCCAACGCGUUUCGUCCGUCAGCAACAGGACUUCAUCAAGUGGCAGCCAGACACGGGCGCAGUCAGAGGAAGCUGCGGGAGCUGGGCAAGGUGGAAUGGGAGUUUGAGCUGGAUAGAACCGUGAAUCUUCUUGAGGACAGAUAUAAAAAUCAGUCCAUGGAUUUCAUAGUGCCAGUGUUUGUUCACAGUGUUAAACCCCAAUAUGGAAGAAAUUUAUCCAGUGUAUCCAAUGAUAUCGUGCCCUUUCUAAGAGAUGCGUUUGAGAUAACAGGAAUUUUUCCCAUUGUGGUCCUCACUAAUUAUACGGACCAAAACAUUACUACUAUAUGGAAAGAAAUUGAAGAACUUGGCGCCCAGCACAUCUUCGCUCUGGAUAAUUACACCACCUCGAAUUCCACCCGGACCCUGGAUACCGACGCUACAGUCCUGAAAUUCCUGCACGCCUGCCUCCAGGAGGCCGAUCGGGGGAUUCAGAAGACGCAGAACCUGGACGCACAAUUGGAGGUUAUAAGGCAGUCUGUAAGUCAGAUCCAGUCGGAGAUGAGUAGACAGAAAGAGAUCGAGAGGAAUAUGAAGGAGGAGAAAGACAGAGCACUCAAUCAGAAAGAAAGAGAUAUAAACGCUAAUAAAAUAGAGAUUUCAAAUUUGAAAAAUGAUGUGGCUAACCUUAGGCGCUAACUAAUACCGGGACCGGCAGUCUACUUGUUAUGAGACAUUACAUACGCUAAUGCAGAUAGUACUAAAUGCUCAGUCAGCGCGUUUCCAUUGCUUUCUACACCUGUUCUAUCGCACCGUAGACCAUUAUAAAAACAAACAAAACCACCUAUUGAAGCGCAAGUAGGCUUAUGCUUCUCAAUUACACUAAGAAAGUGACAAUAUUAAUAACAAAUGUAGGGAUAUAUAGGUUUCUAUGUAUUGAUUUCCACAAAUCAUGACGCGUUUCAUCAGAGAUUGAAGAAACGCGCCAGUAUUUAUUGGAUCUGCCUAUCCUUACCAGAUUUGUCACCAUCUGUAUUGGGCCGUGUCACUGAAUGUCUUUCUGCCGUUUCAUCUUGGAUGACAUCUCACCACCUCACAUGUAAUACUUCUAAAACAGAAUUAAUUAUAUUUCCACCGGCCAAUAAUAGUUUCCAACCUGAUAUCUCCAUCACUGUGAUAACUCAGCAAUCAUCCCUACCCCACAAACUCGCUGCCUAGGUGUCAUUCUUGACUCUGAACUGUCCUUUGUUACCCACAUUCAAUCUGUCUCAAGAUCAUGUUACAUACAUCUAAGAAACAUAUCCAGAAUACGACCAUAUCUUACACAAGACGCAGCAAAAACUCUAAUCCAUGCUCUCAUUAUCUCCCGCAUUGAUUAUUGUAAUAGUCUCCUGACCGGUCUUCCCAAACAUAGGCUCUCACCACUACAAUCCAUUCUGAAUGCAGCUGCGAGGCUAAUCUUCCUAGCUAGACGUUCAUUAUCUGCAGAUCCGCUCUGUCAGUCCCUCGAUUGUUACCGGUAUUCUACCGUAUUAAAUAUAAAAUACUUUUACUGACAUACAAGGCUAUUAACCAAACUGCACCAUCGUACAUCACUUCACUCAUCUCAACAUAUCUCCCUACCCGACCUCUCCGCUCUGCACAAGAUCUGCGUCUCUCUUCCACACGCAUUACUUGUUCACACUCAGAAUGACAGGACUUUUUUCAAGCUGACUCACUCUGUGGAAUGCCCUCCCACGCACAAUAAGACUCUCCUCUAGUCUCCAAACCUUCAAGCGUUCCCUGAAAACUCUCCUCUUCAGGCAAGCUUAUCAAAUAUCAGACAUACUCACAUAACCUAUCUAAUUACAUCCCCUCUGUAUAUCGUGACAUAUAUAUAUAUAUAUAUAUAUAUAUAUAUAUAUAUAAAAUAUAUAUCACAUAUCGUGACAUAUUUUGCCACUUUCAGACCCUCCUGACCCUUGGCCAACAUUGCUUUGUGAUCAUAUCAUACAGCCCAAUAAGAACCUUUGCAAUCUGGCCGGACCAAUAGGCAAUAGGUAGCUCCUAUCCUUGUGUAUCAAUGCCUAUUACUAGGGAUGGCUAUCGACCAUUGAUGAUUCCUAAUCAUUGAUGGUUUAUGGCCAAUGUCGAAUGCUUUUGCCAUCGAUGGGAAAGAACCAGAUGGUUUCACUCCAUCGAUGGCACAGCAUAAACCAGAGGUUCUCAAACUCGGUCCUCGGGGGCACACACAGUGCAUGUUUUGCAGGUCUCCUCACAGAAUCGCAAGUGAAAUAAUUAGCUCCACCUGUUGACCUUUUAAAAUGUGUCAGUAAGUAAUUAAUACACCUGUGCACCUGCUGGGUUACCUGCAAAACAUGCACUGUGUGUGCCCCCUAGGACCGAGUUUGAGAACCUCUGGCAUAAACUAAUAUUUUUCUUUUUUAUUGCAAGGUGCCGGGACAUGGAGCAUAGCUACGCUCAUGACACCCGUGAAGCCCCGCCCCCAGGCUGUGAUUGGCCCGCGGGUCAUUCACGGAAAUAACAGGGAUGACCAUCUGUGGGUAAAAACUGCAAACGAGGUCUGUUACCAUUUAUAAGCACCAUCUAUUACCACUGAGUGUGAUAUUUCCAUCAGCAAUGUCUGUACUAUAAAGUGCCGUACUGAUAGACUUGUAGCAAUUAUCUGUAGAAGACUAACCCUUCGGCUAAUUUAUAUACACGGACUCCUCCGCGGGAUGGGGAGAAAGAGGGUUUGACCUCGGUUUACUUAAUUAGCAGUUAAUUAAUCUGACCAACAUUGGAUUUUCAAUAGUACAUAUAUAUAGUACACGACUUGUGUAUAGGACAAUCUGUAUCUGUAUCUACUAUGGGGAUAUAUGGAAGAUGAUGCUAUAAUAUCAUCUGUCGGGUGUGAUCUACUCAUUGGUAUUGUGAUAACGCUUUAUAGCUGUGUUUUAUUCACCCGCGGAAGAUUUGACUUUUUUUUUUCACUCUUUAUAAAUAAUCUUUCAUAUGAACAAA